AUGGAAGAAGAUGACCGUUAUCAAGACCGACAACGACAGUUUGUUGCUAAUCAUGUAGUUGAAAGUGAACCUAGUAGACGACGAGUUUUGUCCGUAACAGAAAAAAUUGUUCGGAACUGUCUGGAAAAAAUGAGCGUUGCUGGAAUUGUAUCGACUGACCAAAGAGGGAAAGCCUCGACUGUGAACAAAAUACCAGCCUGGAUUGAAAAACACGCCCGUCAGCAUAUUCAAUCCAUACCAAAAGUAGAAUCCCACUACUGCAGAAAGUCCAGCAAUAAACUCUACCUUCCUUUACAACCCAAACUUGAAAAGUUGUAUGCUUUAUAUCUUAAACAAUGUAGGAAGAUAGCUCAAAAACCACUAUACAAAAUGAGAAAACUAAAUUCAAACAAUAAAAAAGCAUUGUUAAACCUGUUUCCAAAUCCAUAUACAAAAGCCUAUUUCUACUCCCAUGGAAACCUGCGCUUUCAUAAGCCUAAAAAGGAUCAAUGCAGUACUUGUAAUCAUUACAAAUCACUGACCCUAAAUGAAACGGAAUCGGAGGAAAGAUGA